AUGAUAUCGCACCCGUUUCCUGAAAGAGUCUUAUCAACACCCUUACACCAACUUCCAUACAUUGUGAGUCAAAUAAAUAGUCAAAUUCACAAAACAUCACAUGAUAUGACUAAAUAUUUAGAAGAGAAUAUAUAAGUGUGCAUGGAGUAGCAUAAUAAAAAAAUCUAACUUCGGAAAUAGAUCAACAGCACUAAUGAAUAAUAUAAAUUAUUAGAAAAUAUAGGUGCACAAUUAUAAAUAGCCAUUGCCAAUUUAAAAGGAGAAUCUAUUGAACAUGAUAAUUAAUCUUAAGAUGGCGAAGAGAAAUUAUUGAAUGCAAUUAAAAAUUAAAACUAUGAUGAAAUGAUUAAAUUGUUCCAAAUUAUUAAGGAUGAGGUAUUAUUGAUUAAAUGUGCUAAAAUUGCAGCAAAUUUAUUGGCCACUCCAACAAAAACUUAUAAGAAUAAAAUCAGAUAAUUUCUUGAAACUAUUGCAAAGCAUUAGCUUAUUCCCUAAUAAUAAAAGGAUGAAAUUAUUGAGAUAUGUGUCAAAGUCUGUAUCUAAAAAUGCUUUAAAAUGUAUUUUCAAUAAAAUGUAUGGAAUACAAAUAAAAAUUAAGUUACCUAUUAUUCAGAUAUCAUUUAACUUUAUUAAAAAAGUUUUAAUUGCACCUUCAAACUUUUGUCUGUCUUUAAUCUUCCAAACUAUCAUUAAGCACAUAUUGCCAAUAACAUUUUCCAAAAGUUUAAUUAGAAUGUUUUAAAUCAUUUAGUUACUCAUGAUAAUAGAGAAAAAUCAAUAUAAGUCAUUUUAAAUUUUAAAAGUCUCUAACAAAAUAAUUUAUUCUAUCAUUUGACUAACAUAUAUUUAAAAAAUUAAUUAAUUCCAACAAUGAAAACGGAAUUACAAAUAAAAACUCUCUUGCUUAUAAUACGAAACCUUUAUGUAAAACAAGACUAAUAGCUUUUAAAUAUUGGGAAUAAAAAGGAUACUCAAUAGCUUUUAGAAUGGUGUAAAUAGAAUAAGUUAAUUAAUUAUAAUUUAAAUUUAUUUUAAGCAUUAUUUGAUACUGAAAUGUAAUUAUAACUCGAUCUGCUUUUGUGA